UGAGACGGAAUCCGGACGAAGGAAAUUAGCAAAUUUGCCACGCCCAUCGUCCACGUGGAAAAACGCCGCUCACAAAGACGCUUGACAAAGAGAGAGAUAUGGCACAGCUAACAGUCAAAAAGCGGAGAAAGUACAGCAAGAAGAGCAAGAAAAACCUCAGGAAAUACACGGACAUACGCGACGUGGAAGAGUUUCUGGAAGAGCAGAGAUUCCAGGAGAGAACUGGUGGACUGGUAUCUGAGAAGAAAGACGAGCAGCUGUUCUUUGUUCAGAGUGAGGCAACUUCAGCAGAGGACAGGAAGAAGCCCUCUAGGGCCGAGUUACGCAAGAGGCCACUCAGGAGCCUCUCUCAUCUCUACGGUGACCCUGUCAUUAACGGGACAAACGAACCCACGAACCCGGUCGGAAGUGUCGCCAAUGUGCGUGAGGCCAAGGCUAGGAGGUUGCUGUUGGGAGGGACUGCAAGUGACUCCAGUGAGGAUGAGGCAGAGUUUGACGCGGGCUCACGGUUCUCUGUAAGGAGACAGAGGGAGACCAGAGAGCUGGUCAGAGCCGUCCACAGGAGGUUAAAGAAGUCAGCGCUAAAGCCUGUUAUGCAAGAUAUAUGGGCCGUCGAAGGCAACAGUGAGCUCUAUACUCUCGAUAACGUAUUCGCUCUUGACUUGGAUGUCGCGACGCUUUCUGCAGCAUUAUCAGCCAAAGAUGUUCCAGAUGAGCAUUUCCUAAGAGUCACAAGGAAGCUGCCAGUAAAGAAGCCGGUGUCAGUGGGUGGUAGACCGUCAGGACUGGACAGUGUUCCCCUCCCACCUCCUGGGUCCUCUUACAACCCUGCCUUUGACGACCACCAGGAGCUGUUGAGGAGUGCAGUGGAUGUGGAGGAAGCUCGACUGGCAGCUGACAUGAAGAUCAACAAGAGACUGGAGGCCAUGGAGCCCAUGACAGCCACUCAGAGAGAGAAAGUGUGGCAGGACGAGAUGAUAGAGGGGUUGAUUGAGGAGAAGGAGGAGGAGGAGGAGGAGGAGAGGAGACAGGGGACGUAGUGGUGGCUCACAGGAGACCAACUGUGGCUGGAGAGAGGAAGACACACCAGAAGAGGAGGAGGGAGGAGGAGAGGAGCCUGAAAGAGAAGCAGAAACUGGCUGCAAAGAUGCUAAAGUCCAGGAUGAAUGAUGUCUACAGGCUGCGGUCAUUGAGGAAGGCCAUAGAGAAGAGAGAAGGAGAAACUAUUGAGAAGAGGAGAAAAAGACAACUCUCAAAGAAGGAAGAGUCGUUGCAUACGAAGCGUCUCGGCAAGCUAUCUUAUGUGGAUGCUGAGAUCGAUGUACAACUGAGCUCCGAAAUCACUGGAGCACUGAGGAGUCUCAAGUGUGAGGGUAGUCUGGCUAGAGACAGGUACAAGAGUCUGCAGAAGAGAAACGUCAUUGAGCCAAGGGAGAGAGUCAGGGCACACCGCAAGUACAAGCUGAAGGUCAAGGAAAAGCGAUCGAAAAGGUUACCGGAAGAAAUCGGAGCGAGUUACUUCCACAGCAGAAAGUAAUUUUAAUUUUUAUGUGAACGUCUAUGUAUAUGCAAUAAUAUUAUAAUACCAUGGGUGAUCACUUGGUGGAGUGCGAUGGGCAAUUGUAAAACUCUAUUUCGACAAGCUCCUUAGAACGUCUUCAGGUAUCUUUGCCCUGAGGUCUUCCAGACCCUUCAUGCCAACCAGGACCCCCUGUGAGUUCAUGCAGCGUUGAACGAACCCCGAUUGGUCCCCUGUGCUGGGGACGGGGGUCACGGGGUCGUACACGAGGUCCCGCCCGUGAACGUCUGUCACGGCUCCGCCCGCUGCUCUAACGAUGGCGUCCCCGGCACAAGUGUCCCAUCUCUUUGUACCCGGGCUGGGGUAGAUGUAGGCGUCGACCACGUUCUCGAGAACCAUCAAUAUCUUGUUCCCUGCACCUCCAGCUAUCACCUUCUCCUUGGCCUGAAGACAUUCGGUGACUCUCUCCACAGUCCCCGAGUAGUGAGACCGAGACACCGCCAGCCGGAGUCCCCCAUGUUCGGGGGAGGGGCGGGGUACAAUACCCCGUACCCCGAGCCCGAGCAUACCCCAGACCGUGCGACCCUGCUGAGCUGUCGGGAGGCCAGCCAUGGUGCCGUAGAAUGGCUGGUGAAUGACUCCUGCAACUGGCUUUCCCUCCACUGCUAUCCCCACCAGCACCGUCACAUCUUCAUGGAAACCUGCCAGCAAGCAAACAAUAAGAUUUCUGCAUAUAUAUACCUCAGUGGCAGUUUCAGACCCUAUUAUGAGUAUAUACCCAGUUUGAAGUUGGACUACAAGAGUAUAUACCCACGUG